UAUCAUCAUCAUCAUCAUCAAGAGAGGCUACCAGCCACUCCCUCUCUAACCUCCCUCACCAACUCACAUCUAGAACCUCUUUAUUUCUCUCUCCCCAUCUCUACUAACACUCAAAACCCUAUAUAUUCUCAUCUUCUCCCAAAAACAACCAUCCUUCAUGCCAAACUAUAACCACAACAAAACCCUAAUUCUUCUGCUAAUUAAUUACACCUUAUGCAUAGUUAAUUAGAAUUCAUUAAGAAUAAUGGGCAGGUCUCCUUGUUGUGAAAAAGCUCAUACAAAUAAAGGUGCAUGGACUAAAGAAGAAGAUGAUCGUCUUAUUUCUUAUAUUAAAGCUCACGGCGAAGGCUGUUGGCGUUCACUCCCUAAAUCCGCCGGUCUUCUUCGUUGCGGUAAAAGCUGCAGACUCCGUUGGAUCAACUACUUAAGACCUGACCUUAAACGUGGUAAUUUCACUGAGGAAGAAGAUGAACUUAUUAUCAAACUCCAUAGCCUUCUUGGCAAUAAGUGGUCUUUGAUAGCGGGUAGAUUACCGGGAAGAACAGACAAUGAGAUAAAGAAUUACUGGAACACACAUAUAAGAAGAAAGCUUUUAAACAGAGGAAUAGAUCCCACGACUCACCGACCGUUAAACGAGCCACCGCAAGAACAACCACCACCGCCACCGCCGCCACUAUCAGCUACAACGAACACAAUUUCAUUUUCCACCAUAAAAGAAGAAAAACAAGAAAUGAGCAUCACAAACACCUGCAAAACUAUGUUUAUAUGCAAAGAAGAGCGAAACCCGGUCGAAGAACGGUGUCCGGAUUUGAAUCUUGAACUCAGAAUCAGCCCUCCAUGCCAACAAAUUAGAGGGGUGUGUUUUGUUUGCAGAUUGGGAUUGCAAAAUAGCAAAGAUUGUAGUUGUAAUAAUAUUAUUAUGGGUUCUGGCAUUGGGACCAGCACUGCCAAUUCUAAUUCUGGCUGUGAUUUCUUAGGCAUCAAAAGUGGUGUUUUGGAUUAUAGAAGCCUUGAAAUGAAAUAAAAAUUCAAUUUUAAUUAA